GCUUGUUCAUUUUGGUCCUCUUUGAUAUAUAACACAAGACACAUCAUUAAAUACAUAGCUUGUUCAUGAUGGACAGGGGCACUGUGGUUCAUGUUGGGCUUUUGGUGCUGUAGAAUCACUUUCUGACCGUUUCUGCAUUCACUUCGGCAUUAAUAUUUCUCUGUCUGUCAAUGACCUUUUGUCAUGCUGCGGGUUCAUGUGUGGAGAUGGAUGUGAUGGAGGGUAUCCUAUAAGUGCAUGGCGGUACUUUGUCCAGAAUGGCGUUGUCACUGAUGAGUGUGACCCAUAUUUUGAUGACGUCGGUUGUGCUCAUCCGGGCUGUGAACCCCUAUAUCCAACCCCACAAUGCGAAAAGAAGUGCAAAGCCAAGAACCUUCUCUGGGACCAAUCAAAGCAUUUUGGUGUCAAUGCCUAUAUGGUAAACUCGGAUCCAAAGGAUAUCAUGACAGAGAUCUUCACAAAUGGUCCUGCGGAAGUUGGCUUUACGGUUUAUGAGGAUUUUGCUCACUACAAAUCAGGAGUCUACAAACACGUGACAGGUGUUGCAAUCGGCGGUCAUGCUGUAAAGUUAAUCGGAUGGGGAACCAGCGACGAGGGCGAGGACUACUGGCUUCUUGCAAACCAGUGGAACAGAAGCUGGGGUGACGAUGGUUACUUCAAGAUCACACGGGGUAGGAAUGAAUGUGGGAUCGAAGAGGAUGUUGUUGCUGGGAUGCCCUCAUCAAAGAACUUGGUCAGGUACUACGUGAACAGCGAAUCAGAAGCCGAUGCCAGUGCUUAAUUUGAAGUGGCCCCGUAUAGGACCGCCUAUGUUGUUGUUAUGUCAAACCCUAAAACUUGUUUGAUGGCAAAAUACUAAACUUGUUAGAUGCUUAUGUUAGUACCCCUUGUUGACUUA